AUGUAUACACUGUCUCGUAAAUGCAAACUUAUUCUUAGUUACGCUUGCUUAUUCAGUACGGUAUUUAUUAUCAUUGAUCGUUUUCUUCAACACGUAGAAACAUGCUGUAAUCAAUCGCAAUACUUACAUCGGCGGUCGUCGAACGAUUCGUCUUCGCUGACAAAAAUCCAUUCAUACGAUCUAGUACAUGAUAAAGAUCAAUUUCAACUACGAACAAUGCUCAUCGACUAUAUAAAAACGAAUCAAACAAACGCAGUAUGUGUAUCAGCAGACACCGUCGGAUUACACCCGUAUCACUCACAAAUAAAGCGUACCGCACUCAUUUCAUUUCCUCGCUCAGGAAAUACUUGGCUGAGAAAUUUAAUUGAAAAAUCAACCGGUUACUCGACAUCAUCUAUCUACUGUGACAAGUACUUGGAGAAAACUCUGCAUGCGGAAUGUGAUCGAGUGAAUGUGUUUCUAAUUAAGACUCACCUGCUAAAUCUUCGAUCAUUAAUCUUGCUAGAACCACAACGAUUCCGCUAUGACCAAUUCAUCUUUCUAAUUCGAAACCCUUUCGAUGCAAUUCUAUCUUUCCAUCAAUUUGAGCUUAUGAAGACUCAUGUGAACAAACUUGAUCAUCUUGAGAGAGAUGAUUCGAAUUCGACGAACAAAAUGUAUACUAAAAGAAUCCAAUUGAUGGUAUCACUCUACGCACGACUAUGUGAUGAAUAUGAAAAACUUCAACGAUCACAUAUAGUUGUUCGAUAUGAAGAUUUGAAGACUUCACCGGAAAUCAUUCUCAAGCAUAUUAAACGAUUUCUCGUGCCUUCUAUAAUCGAACGAAAAGGUGACAAACCCGUUGAAUUUCUUUACUAUUAUGAUAAUCCACGAAGGUAUUCUUCAUACGAGAAGGAAAACGACAUUGCAUUGGAAAAUGAGAAAAUUCUUUGUGCGAUAGCUGAUGAUCUACUCAAUCGAGACUAUGUCUAUCAAAGUUACAAAUACGACCCAUUUCAUUCAAUGAAGUACUUUUCCAACGCAACUAUUAAGUUGAUCAUAGCCAAACUUUCGAAGUGCUUAUGCCACUUCCAUUAUGACACUUUACUUCGAAAGCACAAUUUAAACAUAUCAUGUCAGUAG